AUGUUGGAGAUUUGCGGAAGAUACGCGCAGGAGGUGCUGGAGUUGUUGGAGCCGGCGGAGCUGGAGGUUCUGGAGCUGGAGGUACUGGAGCUGGAGGUGCUAGAGCUCGUGGUGCUGGAGGUUCUAGAGUUGGAGGUACUGGAGCUGGAGGUGCUGGAGCUGGCGGUGCUAGAGAAUCUGGAGCUGGAUGUGUUGGAGCUGCUGGUGCUGGAGUACCUGGUACUGGAAGUACUGGAGCUGGAGGUACUGGAGCUGGAGGCACGUGCUGUGCAGUGGUGA